AUGGCGCUCGCAAGACCAACGGCUAAGCUCCCCCCAGGAGCUAACAGGAUCUUGUUUGUCAAGAAUUUGAACUACCAAAUUACGGGAGAAGACCUCUACGACCUCUUCGGGCGGUACGGCAGUAUCCGCCAGAUUCGCGUUGGGAGUGAGCAGAAGACGCGGGGGACCGCAUUUGUCGUGUUUGACGACGUGAUGGAUGCCAAGAAUGCUCUGGAUCACCUGAACGGCUUCCAUCUCCAGGAACGGUAUAUCGUCGUUCUGUACCAUAUGCCUGCGAAACAAGACGCUGCUGCGGCAAAGGCCGAUCUGGCUCGAAGGGAGGAGGAAUUGGCACAGCUGAAGCAAAAGCAUGAUAUCAAGGACGAGGAUUGAUGUACGAACCGCUGUAUCUACGUUUCCAGUCUGUGUUAGCUGGCGCUGAUGUCUUGAUGUAGCUAUCGCUUAUUCCCCGCAGAUCCCAGUGCAGAUGACACAAGGGACGUGGGUUAGAUUUGUCUGUCUAAUCACGCUCAUCUCGUAGCGCAGGCCGAUCUCCCCGCUGUGCACGAUCUGCCCGCACAGCUUCACAGCCAUAGCAUAACAAUUAGUUCUUAACGAAUUGCACUACAUCAUGGCACAACAUGCCCAGACAAGAUACCCAUCAUCCCGCGUCGGCGUACCGUCGUGGCGCCGUCCGACGUCGGCGCGCACCUAAGAACCCCGUGCCUUGAGGCAAUUUGGACACCAGUUGUUGAUAUUGGGCGCUGCUCCAAGCAAGUUAGGCUGUACAAACGGCUUGUAUGAAAUAUACUUACAGUAUUGUUCAGGGAAUUGAUGGCUGUAGGAUAGGUCAGCGAUGCACGAAACUCACGACGGCGUGGCCUUACUACUGCCAACAUCCGUUGCGACAUUGGUCGCCUGUGCAGGUAGGAGGGUGAUUAUUGCUGAAGACACAGUUGUUUUGCUCGCAAUUGAUCUACGGCAUGUCGGUCAGCUGUGGGCCCGAUGCCGAGCCAGACUGACACACCUCCACCUCAGGCUGCAAUAGUCAACGCUUAGCGAGCUGAAGUGGCGAGACAGCAUGAAACCUACCAAGUUCAACCCAUGCCCGCACUGACUGGUGGCGAAAAUGGUCAGCAUGGUCGAAGCAUGUGCCGGUAAUGCCAGUAAUGUCUUACAGGUAAACGUUCCUAACUCUGGUUGACAAAUUCAAUGACUCGCCAACGGGAUUGUGAGCUUCGAGACGUACCGACGAUAUUUGCACAUGGUGAAGAGUGUGGCGUGAACUGAGACUGGUCGAGUGAGCUGUGUGUUGAGUUUGUGCUGGGCCGACACAUUCGCGUCGGCUUUUUAUAUGUUUGAAGUCGG